AUGGAGUACAAGCCGCAGCUGCCACCAGACCGCACCACCGCGGCGGCGGCGUCCCGGGUCCGCAUCACGCCCCGGAUCAUCAUCCACGGCGGCGCGGGCAACAUCCAGCGGAAGGGGUACCCGGCGGACAAGUACGACGAGUACCGCCACGCGCUGCUCACGAUUGUGCGAAACACAGAUGCGUUUAUGAAUAGCGACGUAAGCGCCGGCGGAGGAGGAGGAGGAGGAGGAGGAAGCGGCUUGUCAGAGAAGGAGAAAGAGAAGAGUGGCCCGUCGGCGCUCGACAUCGCGGCCCACGCCGUCGUGCAGCUCGAGGACUGCCCGCUCUUCAACUCGGGCCACGGCGCCGUCUUCACCCGCGACGGCAUCAACCAGCUCGAGGCCUCCGUCAUGGUCUCCCGCGGGAGGGCCAAGCGCGGCGUGGGCGUCUCGGGCCUGCGCCGCGUGCGCAACCCCAUCCUGCUGGCCAAGGCGCUGCUCGAGCGCGGGGACGCGGACCUCGGCGGCGAUCGGCUGUCGUCGUCGUCGUCGUUUGUGCCGGACAUGGAUGCUGCUUGUGAAACGCGAGCGAGGGCGCGUGCUGAGGACGACGACGAUGAUGAUGAAGGCCGCGAUGAUGAUGAUGAUGAUGAUGAUGAUGAUGAUGAUGAUGAUGAUGAUGAUGAGCUGGACGUGCCCUCGGCGCAGGGCCACACCAUGCUCUGGGGCCGCGCGGCGGAGCAGCUCGCCCGCCGGUACGGCCUCGCCAUGGUCGAUCCGAGCUACUACUUUACGCAGCAGCGGUGGGACGAGCACAUCCGGGCCCUCGAGCGGGAGAAGCAGCAGCGUGCCGCCUCCGUCUCCUCCUCCUCCUCCAACCCCUCCACCUGCCCGACGGGUACGGCAACGGCAACGGCGACGGCGACGUGGUCCGCGGACGAGUACCUCCCGCAGGGCACCUGCGGCGCCGUCGCGCUCGACGACCGGGGCGUCAUCUGCGCGGCGACGAGCACGGGCGGCAUGACCAACAAGCUGACGGGCCGCAUCGGCGACACGCCCGUCCCCGGCGCGGGCUUCUGGGCGGAGGAGUGGGAGGAGGAGGACGGGCACGGGCACGGGCAUCAUCACCGGGGGCACAGCGGCGGCAAGUCCAUGUGGGAUCGCGCGGCCGACGCGCUCGCCAGCUCCCCCGCGGGCAUCACCCUCGCCGGCCCUCUCAAGGGCUUCCUCGCCGACUGCCUCCCCACACCCUUCCUCUACACGCCCGUGCCGCCUCCCACCACCCCUUACCCACCUCUCUACGACAGCCGCAACCACAACCCCAACCGCAGCAACGUCAUAAAAACCCGCUCGACCGGCCUCUCCGGCACCGGCAACGGCGACUCCUUCCUGCGCACCGCCGCCGCCCACACCGUCGCCUGCCUCGCCCGCCUGCGGCCCCUCCCCGCCGCGCGCGCCCUCGCCGCCGUGGCGGGACCGGGGGGCGACCUGCAGCGCAGCGCGGGCGCGCGCUGGGGCCGGCGCGGCGAGGGCGAGGGCGGCAUCAUCGGCGUGGAGUGCGCGCUGCGCCGCGACGCCGCGACGGGGAGGGUGCUCGCCGCGCGCAGCGAGGUCGUCAUGGGGUAUAACUGCGGGGGCAUGUACCGCGCGUGGAUCGAUGAUGCGGGGGAGGCUGUCAUGAGCGUGUGGACGGACGGGGCGGCGGAUGAGGACCGGCCGUAG